UAAUGAGACACCCGAGCGCAGCCUCUUCUCACUUCCUGAAACACCUGCUUGACAGGUAGUCUUCAAGGGCGGUGCAAUGGAGAGACUGACUCACUGAGAACAUGGACGCCGAAUAUCCAAAACCGUGACUAGUUUGUUUGGAAUUGAUCUAAAUCUAAUCGUUUAUAUCGCUUAAAACUAUGGGAUGGCGAAUACCCUGGCGAUUAUGUCCGAACAACGCCGUGUUUCACUGUUUAAUUAUCGGACUUGCGGUGUGCCAGGUGUGUCCCAUCGAGGUGCGUACCUCCUCUGAGGUGGAGGCGGUCAACGGGAGCUCCGUCACCCUCACCUGCACGUUCAAGUCCAGCAGCCAAAUCAGCAGCCGCGUGUCGGUGGACUGGUCCUACCGGCCCCUGAGUGGGGGCCCCACCCGCUCCUUCUUCUACUUCUCUUCUACACCCCAUCUAUCCCUGCAGGGGCAGUUUAAGGGGCGCGUGAGGUGGCUGGGGAACCCCGCCGGGGGGGAUGGCUCAAUCCAGCUGCUGAAUGCCAGCUUCACUGACAACGGCACCUACACCUGCGAUGUCAAGAACCCCCCUGACGUCCACGGUACCCCCAGCCAGAUUCGGCUGUCCGUCGUGCCCAAACAGCUCGCUGUCCGCUUCACUGACGUGGCCGUCCUGAUGGGCCUGGUACUGCUGCCGUCGGCCAUCAUCGCUCCCAUCCUGCUGGGUCGGAUGUGGUGCUGCUCCAAGAGCUGUGGGGUCCAACGGGCCAAACCUGUCCCCUCCCCCAUCGAGGUCAAAGAGGGAGAGGCGGCUGUCUAUAUGGACCCAACUCACAAAGAGAAGCAUAUCGGAUGCUGUGAGCUCUACUGCCGGGACUUUGACGACGAGUAUUACUUCCACGAUGAAAGGCUGCAGGGAGGGGCAACUGACGCAGAGACUGAGUGUUAGCUCCCUCUGCCGGCGGAGCAGGAGAAGUGCAGCAGUCUCCCUGCCCCGUCUCUGGGAAUUGGGGCGGAAACACUAGGUUUGAGGAUGCUUGCUCGGUCGCUUGUUCACGGAGCACUGGUAGAAUAGGACCGUUCUGGACGUUCUGGACGUUUCACAAGCAGACGGACGAUGCACUCACCCGGCCUCCUCAGCAUCAUUUACACCUCGGCUCCUCCUGUGCUGCCGGUCUGCGCGUCGCCACGGUGACGGGCUACCGGGGUUCACGGGAAGAACCGAACGGACACUCGCGGGAUGAUUCAGUUUCUCGUUUGCAUUCGUGAGACGUGCUUGAUCUGGCAAGCUGUUGGCUUUUCAACCCAAGAGAAACUGCUGGUGUGGGAGACCUUAGACAGAUAGACAGACAGAGACACACACUCACACACAUGUGAUAUUCUCCAGCCAUCUCUCCUGAUGUAUCCCUCUUGCACAUACACGCUGUAGAUUACAAUAAGUCGGUAUUUAUGUAAGCUCUAAUUCUCAUUGUUGCCCUGGGCCAUUGAGUGUUCCCAACCCUGGUUUUGCCUUUGCUAGUUUUCCUUUUAAUCUACUUUCUAAUGGGUAAUGUUGGAGCGAUUGAGCUGUUGACUGCACAAUGAUCUGUGUUCAGCUGAAAGGCCGUUAAUUUGUUUGAAAACCACAAGUGAAAGCAAUGUUUGGUAGAAUGCGUUUUAUCAUGGUGAGAACUAUGGGGUUUUCACUGACAAGUUCUUGUAACUGUCUCCCUUUUUAAAAACAUUGGGCAGCUGUUUGAGACAAGCCUAGUUAAUUGUUUAAUUGCUGCGGGCCAUGGGCGGCCAAGUCUGGCCAUGAAACGUCAGUAAAGGUCAUUAGGGGUCUGCUGGUUUGUGUUUUGACCUCAAAAUCAGCAAGACCCAUGAAACCGAUUGAAUUAACUAUAAGUUGCUCUAAUUGAUAAAUUAAUUGUAAGGAAAUUUGAAAAACCAAUGAAUCCAGCAGCCCUCCAGGAUCUGGGAUGGCCAUCCCCAUUUUUGGAAUUAAGAUGGGCAACUGAACAAUUAAACUGUUAUUCUGGAAACUGGAUUUAAGGGUUAAAUUAUAUUCUUUAUUUUAUAUUUAAAGGCCUGAAUGAACUCACAUGGAAGAAAUGACUGAUGACUUAUUUCUGUUCAGCCAGAUACCCCAAAACACCCAACGAUUGCUGUACAGAAUGGUGGCAGAAAAGUUAAAUUAGGUCAUUCUCAUAUUUCGGUUAAGAGCUCAGUCAUUGAUAACUAAUGAAGCUUUGAUGAAAACCAGGGAUUGGGAAGCACGCAUCAUGUUUUUUCCACUGUAAUUAUUUUCCUUGUAAUUGUAUGUAAGCUUACUUCUUGCCUAUAAUGUAAGUUAUUAUGUACUUUAUAAUUUGUUUCAAGAGGUGCACUGCCUCAAAGGAAUGUUUUUUGUUUUUGUUUUUGUCUAUGUGCUACCACACUGUUGCGUGGGUAUAGGUUCAUGGACUGGUCCACGGAAUGGUACUUUUGGCCAUCUUGUCUUUUUUUUUUUUAUUUCGGUGAAAUGUCAGCCUCGUUAGACAAAAAGAGAAUGGAAGAAAUGAAACCUGUGGGGUGAAUGCUGAAUGGUUUCAGAAUGUUAGGGGAAUCCUGUUGUACGAUGGCCAGUCCUGGGUCCUCAUUUCGAGCUUCAUUUGUAAAUGGAAAUUUGAUCUCUCUUUGCACUGGAAAAUUCAUCGUGAGCCACUGGCUGUGCGCGCAGGAAGUGAAAUUCUUUUGGUUCACCACCAUACGUGCUUUUUUUUCGGUCCUGUUACGCACAUGAACGGUGCAGUUCUGGACUGGUUAUUUUAACACUGCGUAUUUCAACAGGUGGAACCUAGAAAAGCGCCAAUUGACCGUGCAGGGUUCAGUGAAUCACGGUGUCCCUCGUUAAUGCAUGCUUUUCUUUCAUGUGGGAUUGCAAUAAAGCACCAAGUUAAGGGA